AACCCGUGGCUGUUACAACUCGGUUUUCAGCAAGCCAGUGUACGCCCGGCUGCCGACACGAGCGGAAGGUGCAUAUGUCCUUUCUAUUUAAAAACAUUCCCAGUACGCUUAUAAACACUCCAACCUGCUCGUCGUUGUCAUUUAUAUUUUAAUUAUUAUUUUUUUUAGUAAUAGUUAGUUACUAGUGUCACCAAGAACAGUUUUGUUUAAAUAGAAAAGGGUGUCAAUUUUUUUUUUAAAUUUCAAUUAAAAACAAAUCAGGCUUGUCAUUACCUGAAAUGAAUAAUUCGGAGGAUUUACAUUGUAUUACGUGAGCAUUAUUGUUAUUGCUACUGAGACGCGUGUCUUGUGAUUUAAUUGUCAAGAGUGAGAUUUAAUGAACGUGGGCUUAAUAAUAUUGAUAAGAUAAAAAUAAUUAAAAUUGUAAAUAUUUAAAAAUAAUUGUGAUCGUUUUAACACCGUCGUUACAUAAUGGUCCUUUUAAUUUGGCACCCUGGAGCGCGAACCGUCCACCGGUUGGCAUAGGACCGCGUGGCGAUCAGCUGAUCGCUAGUCAACCUUAGCUUAUUCUGCAAGCGCUGCUCCAAUUUGUCCGACACAAAACACACACUGUCAGUUUACCACGUGAGAGUAUUUAGAGUGUCUACUAGGUCACAUACCAAUUUUCAAUUCUAUAAAUAGAUAAAUAGACCGGGUAUAGCAACUCCAAUUGCUAAUUGUUAAUUACUGGACAUUAAAAUAGAGACAAACUUUAUGGGCAGAGUUGAUGACAUUGUGAGUGCUUACGGAGAUUUAAACUCAAUAAUUAAAUUACAAAACACUCUUGUUGGUAAUUAAAAAAUUACAAUUAAUAGUGUAAAGUUUAUUGUUAUUGAUAUAUUAAUUAUUAAAUUUUAAUUGUAGAUAUGAAAAUGAUCUGCCGACACAUAUGACAAUUAAGCGUAAUCAAUUUGCGUCGUCUGCGUCGCACGUGAUCGCGAGUGAGUGACCUCUGAAUUUAUCAAGUGGAGAAUUUCAUCGGGCUGUUGAGAGUUCAUCGAUCGCUCUCUACUCACUCAUUCACUUGUCAUCUUUUUAUUUUCUCUCUCUGUUUAUUCAAAUACAUUACACAUUAUUUUAACAUUCUCUCACUCUCACUCUCUUGAAAAACACCGCUGUGCCCUCCCCAAGUAAUAUAAUUUUUUAGCCAGUCUGUCUGUCUAUAUUUUUAGCUCGGCUUAUCGCGCCCGCAGCUUUGCUAAUCCGGAAAUGUAUUUGCCGCGCGAGACAAUCCGAAUCUCACUAACUUUCGGUCAUUGAAUUGUUAUUUAUCGGUAAUGUAUUUUAAAAAUCCCGAAAUUGAAUUACUGAUGAUAAAAUGCAAAAGAACUAUCGAUUAUCGGACUAUUGCAAAAGUUCUAUGACAAAGCCUUAAUUCUUUUUGUUUUUUAUUAUUUUUUACUGAUAAUUAGUAGUAUUGUAAUUAUUAUUGAUAUAAUAAUAAUAAUAAUUAUUUAUUCAAGCAUUUUAUUCAAUGACAAUUAUUGCUCCGAUUACGUUAAACGUGACUGAAACCCGCCAAGACAUUUUUAAAACCCGCGUGUGUCACUUUGUAAAGACAAUUUUUAUUGUGGAAUUAAACUUUGGUGUUAAAUUAUAUAAGUAAUAAGUAAUAUAUAAUCGUGCUAAUAAUUGUGGUUUUAAAUGUCCGUGAAAAUAUAAUAAAGUGCCUCGAACGUGGUCCUAUUGCUGUGAUAAACUCAAGUUUAUUUUAUCAUACGCACUCAUAAGUGAAGCAAUACUGUGAUAGGAGUUGUACGUUGACGAGGAUUCGAGUGUCAAGCUGGUGAAUUAGUUUGACAGGUCACGGAGCUACGUCUGUUUCAAGCCCAAUUUGAAUAUCAAUAAUUAAAUGGGCCAGUAUUUAUGCCAGUAUGCCAAUACCUACAAGUUGCCAGUACUAAGUAGCCCGUAAUAAACCAAUCAGAUUUAAAUUGCUGCAAUAAACACUAAUCUAAAUAAUUAAUCGCUAAGUGAAGCAUCUACUGCAAAUAUCACUCUAAUAAUAAUUCAUUAAACCUCAACAAUAUCAACAUAUCUUAUAGCCAAUAAAAAUAAAAAUAAUAAUUAAUUUUAAAAUCACGAUUACAAUCGCUAUCGGGUUUUUCGAUCGCGAUUACUUGUCUGCUAUUUUUACUCGUAUCACGAGGGUUAAUAUCUGAGUAGUGGACACCUAGCCUGCGUGAGUGUAACGAACCCGGUGAAUUCGCGUGGCUCAGUGUACUCAUACAAGGAAACGAACCGGUGAAUAAUAGAAACUCGGUUUACGAGCACUCGUAUUGAAGAACUAUAAAUAAAUAAAGUGAUAUAAAAAAAUAGUGAAGAAAAAGGGUAACAAAAUACAGUACUGUACUCAAGACACGCAAGCCGGUGGCUGGAAACGCUGACUUACAUCGGGAACGCCAACCUGCAAUCAAGGUUCAUGGUUUUCAUGGUGAGUGGUUUCAAAGAGUCCCCAGUUGGCAAAUUGGAGGAGAACGAGCUCUCGAGCAAGCGGUGGGCCAGUGCGCCCCGCCGCCCAGACAGCCCCUGCGUUCUGGGGGCUCCAACGUCUAGGGAGGCAGCGGGACCGCCAGUGCAGCUUGAACCAGUGGACCUGUCGGUGAAGACUCCGGUGGUUCUGCAGGUGCCUCGUUACAGUCCAGCGGCAGCAUUAAUUACCGGAGCGGCCAGGAGGAUUCCAUCGCCGUCGACAACACCCACACCGCUGCCGAUCUGCCCGUCUACUGUGUCACCGGCAUUACCACUAGUGGACAUUGUAAGAGAACGCGAGCAGGAACGAGACCGGAAGAGGCAGGAACCGAGAGACGUGACCAGAAAUAAAGAACGAGAGCGAGAACACCGAGAACGAGAUCGAGAGCACCGCGAGAGACAACGGGACCGCGAGAGGCAGCGGGAGAGAGAAGUAUCAGUCUGUGGUAUUGAACCACCUGAUCCUGUUUUCGUAUCAUCCUCGGCGGCCCUCCUUGCGUUACAAAGGAUAAAGGAGGCUUCGCUUGUAUUUCACAAACGACCGGCACUGACGCCUGGGAUUGGCCUCACCGGCAGAGGUAACAGCGGAGUUGCUGGACACGGUGGUAGCCACAAUAACGUCGACAGUGACUGCGGGGAUGCCCUCAAGCGACGCAAAGUUCACCGAUGUGAUGUCGCGGGAUGCGACAAAGUCUACACCAAGAGCUCCCACCUCAAGGCACACAAGCGAACGCACACUGGAGAAAAACCAUAUCAGUGUACGUGGGAAGGAUGUACGUGGAAAUUCGCCCGCUCGGACGAGCUGACGCGUCACUAUCGCAAGCACACCGGCCAAAAACCAUUCAAGUGCCAUCUUUGUCAGCGGUCGUUUUCGCGAAGCGAUCACUUGUCACUGCACAUGAAGAGGCACUGACAGAUAUAAGCGCCAACAUUCAAUCUAAUCCGGAUUUUAUUCGUAAUAUAAAUAAGCGAAUAAAACUGAAAUCCUAGAUAAUGAUAAAGAUAAUGAUGAAGAUAGAUAAGAAAGACCAAUACAAGUUGACGAUUUAACUACAUACAUUCGGGACCUGAACAACCCUUUCCCUCGAGGUGCGCGAUUUUCGCGUGGGACUGCGGGCCAACGUAACGUUUUUUCACUAGAUAUUAAUCUAUUUAACAAAGUAUAAUAAAUAACUAAAGUUAAAUGUUUGCUGACAACGUCCUGACAUUUUAAGUUCAAGGACGUGCAAUUAGUUUCAAUUUUAAUAUAUCUUAUAAUAAUUAUUAUGAUUAUUUUUAUUAUUAUUGCUAAUAAUAAUUUGAUUAUUUUAUUAAUGAAUUUUUAAGGCCAGCUCAACUAGUCUAGAGCAAUUGUUGAUUUACUAUUUUAUCAGUAAUAAAAGGAGCCAGUAAAAGUAUCAUAAUUAAAUUUAUGUUUAUAUUAAUUGUAAGGCUAGAGUAGAUAAUUGUCGAAGUAAUUAAUCAAUUAAAUAAUUAGAGAGUUUAUUAAAGAGAAAAUGACAACUCCUUUGAUGGAGCUUGGGACUUAGCAUGCUCAGUUAAAUAAAUACAAUCGUGAUUGUGAAUAAUUAAUU